CAUUUUCCACCCUCCCUUCAGUAGUCCAGGUUUUUCCUAAUACCAUGCCUUUGACACCUCUCUCUGUUUCUCUCUGAUCAGCCGCCAUGGCCAACUUCUUUAGCACCCACUUCGCAGUCCUUCUUCUCUUCACCUUUCUGAUUUUCUUCUCCAUUCCUAUCACUCUCUCCCACUCCUCCAUUCAUGACCUCCUUCGCUCCAAAGGCUUACCACCCGGUCUGCUCCCCAAGGAGGUCAAGUCCUACACUCUCUUAGAAAACGGCACCCUAGAAGUCUUUCUCGAUGGGCCAUGCCUGACAAAGUUCGAGAACAGGGUGUAUUUUGACAGUGUUGUGAGGGCUAAUCUCACCUAUGGGAGUCUCAUAGGAGUGGUGGGUCUCUCCCAAGAAGAGCUUUUCCUAUGGCUGCCGGUGAAAGAUAUCAUAGUCGAUGAUCCAAGAUCGGGGCUUAUACUGUUCGACAUAGGGGUCGCUCACAAGCAACUUUCUUUAUCACUCUUUGAAGAUCCGCCAAGUUGUAAGCCAGGAGGUGGUUUGGAGAAUCAUGUGAGGAGGGGGAAAGGUUUCGAGGCUCUGAGAUAGGGAUGCCGACCUGUUUCUAUCAAGUUUGUUUUGUUUUUCGUUUUUUUUUUUUUUUUUUCGCAUGUGAUGUAAUAAUCUAAUUAUAGUUAUAUGGGUAGGUGGGUUUAGAUUAGAGGUUGAGUAGUAGUCUGUAAAGAUGUGAAAUUCUAGAAUCAGAUGCGUUAAUCGAAUUAGAAGAGUUGGAAAUUCUAAUCUUCAAA